UCACAACUCUUCGAUCAGUCAGUCGAAGCUAAGAUAUGGGGCAUUGCUGUCAGAGGUCUAAAUCAGCCCUCGCCUCCCGUGUUCUUUCCCGAAUACACCAAGCCUGGAGGACUCCAUUACGUAUAUCGAGAGCUUGAUUUUUGGACCUCUGGCUUCUUCCCCGGAAGCCUUCAUCUCUUGCUUGAGAGGAGGAGAAAUCAUGGGUCUAUGAUCUUUCCGGAUGAUGCUACUACACAAAGUGUCCAUGAACUUCAUUUGGAACACGCAUGCAAGGUUUGGACAGAGAGCCUGCACCAAAACGCACUUCUGCGAAAUACGCACGACAUAGGCUUCAUGAUCAUGCCAUGGGCUAGGCCUGCGUACGAGCUCAAUCACGAUCUUCGAGCUUUGGAGACGAUCAAGACAGCGGCACUGAGCCUUUACUCCCGCUUCGAUGCGAGGAUUGGUUGCAUACGAAGUUGGGAUACGUGUGUGACGAAAAAGUACAACUUUCGUGAUCCACGCUCGGAAUUUAUGAUGAUCAUUGAUAACAUGAUGAAUCUCGAUCUCCUAUUCUACGCCGCUUCUAAGACACACAAUAAGGAAAUGCACGCUGCAGCUGUCGAGCAUGCUCGCACGACGAUGCGCACGCACAUUCGAGCGGAUGGCUCCACGACUCAUCUUGUAGUAUUCGACACCAACACCGGGGAAAUUCGACAACGCCUUACCAAUCAGGGAUACUCGCAUACGUCUUGCUGGUCUCGGGGACAGGCGUGGGCAAUCGCUGGAUUUGCGGAAACAUACAUGUGGACACAUGAGAGAGAGUUUCUAGACACUGCUCGACGUUGCGCUGACCAUUUUCUGGGUCGCCUGGCCGAAUCUAACAUCGUAGCUUGGGAUUUCGAUGCACCGGAGACAGAAGGCACGAAGCGGCCAACCGACACAAGUGCUGCCAUGAUUGCCGCCUAUGGAAUGGUUUUAAUUCACAAGGCUUUGCUACAGACAGGCGAGACUUCAGACUACCUCCUGGCAGCUUUGAAAAUCACCAACAAUGUCUGUGCCAAUAAUAUCAACCACAAAGCUUCGUUCACCGCAACCAAGCAUGACAUUGAAACAGUUGAGCAUGGCUCCAUCACGAACACCACUCUUGGGGUAGAUAUGGGCGAGAGCGAGACGAUUUUGAACGGUGCGACUAUCAACAAUUAUGAAUUCGCUCCUCGGAGAUGGGCUGAUCAUGGACUUGUCUACGCCGACUACUUCUUCAUACUUUUAGGAAAUCGCUUGUUGGAUUUCGGAUUG